AGCAAUCUCUAUCUAAUAUUAUUUUCGCAUCGCGCGUGUUGAUUGUUUUGACAAAGUUUUUUAAAAAAGAAAACAAACUUUUGGAAAGUGCCAUUCGAAUUUGCAGACUGCACCGUUCCUUAAAUAGUCCCGGGGAAGGGAGGGGAGUUGAUUGACAGGUGCAAUCUCUUGGACAGGGGCUUCAAGACAAAUCUCCGAGGAGGCAGAGUUCUGCUGAGCUUCACAUAAAACCGAGAGGAUUUGAGGUUGGUUUUAUUCGUUGAAUUCAAAUUCCAAGGAGUCUGGAAUCAGGGAUCUUUGGCAGCGGAGCUUUUGAGCGGGUCUACGUUAUUCUGAGAGCACCAUUUGCAAAGGAUGAGUUCGAAACGGGUUGUCCGAUCUUAUUCAGCGAACGGUCGUUACCCUUUGUUCGACAACAACGAGGAAGAUGUACCGCCCGUCCGCGGAGAGUCCAGCCGCAAUUACUUUCUGAAUGUGCGGCCCGAGAACAGGCAAACAUUUUGUACUAUUAUCGCUCAGAUCACUGAAGAGACCCAGCCGGGUUUUGAAACCGCACUGAAAUCCCAUUCAGUGUCUGAAAAUUCUGAUGUCAAGUUUACCUGCAUCGUUACAGGCCACCCUGCCCCAGAGAUCACAUGGUACAAAGAUGACAAGGAGAUGGACCGAUACUGCGGCCUUCCCAAAUAUCAAAUAUUCCACUAUGGAAAGAAGCACUCACUUCAGCUGUAUAAAUGUACAGAAGAUGAUGCAGCCAUUUACCAAGCUUCAGCUAGAAACAGCAAAGGGAUCGUGUCCUGUUCUGGUGUUCUGGAGGUCGGCACCAUGAAUGAGUAUAAGAUCCAUCAGCGAUGGUUCGCCAGGCUUAAGCAGAAAGCAGAUGCCAGAAGGCGUGAGCUGGAGGAGACCAGGAUCAAGGAUAAGGAGAACAUCGCCCAUAUGGCCAACGUUGGAGACAGCAAUCUCCAGAGGACGCUGAGUCCAGAGAGAGCCCAGAGGAAGCGGAAGUCACAGGCUGAGGCCAGGGCAGGUUCUCUUGACUCUUUGAAGAGCAAAGAGGAUUGGCUGAAAGUUCACAUCGCUGAUCCAGACGCUGCUUUGCACAAGAAUGUGGAGGCCGCUUGGAGUAUUGACAAGACGGAGAAGCCCACCGCUUCAUCACCCGAGGUUCAGAAUGGCUACGUGACUGGUCCUCAAGGGACUGAUCUUGUUGCAGUUAAAGGCGGGAAAAAUUCGCUGGAGGACUUGGAAAAUGACAUUUUAUUCAACAGCGGCAUCCGUGAAAUGGAGCCACUCAUUUUGGCUAAACCUGUAGAUAAGGAGUUUGCAGCGAGAAAGAAAAAAAGGAAACUUUCAGGAGAAGAGGUUAAAUUCUCACUGAGAAGAGCAGAGAGCGUCCCUCAGAGCACACGUGACGAAGCUACGCGAAACGGCACCGAUCAAAGCAAGAGCUCUGGCAUUUUAUCACGUUACCUCCGAGACACUUUGAAGAGAAGCAAGCCACACAGGGGUCCCCAGUCCUUUGUAUCUGGGGAUUAUAUGGAGAUUGAUGAGCAGGUAUCAUCAGUGACGUUAGGACAGAGGCAGCACACUGCGGAGCCUUCUAGUCCAAAAAGUGAGCAAACCGGGCAAGAAAAAGACUUAAGUUGUCAGCCACCCAAAGACGCAGAGUCUGGACUGACAAAGUUUACAAAUCAAGAGCCAGCAGAAUCCAGUCCCCAGGCUCCUGCCAGAGACCUGUACUUCUCUAUGAAGGAUAUGUACUUUGAAACGAUUUUGGGACCAGGGGUACAUGGGAAGCAACACUUACCUCAAGUUCUGGAGAAGAGUAAUGAAGCUGACUCCCACCUCCAGGAUCACACCGUUGGCCAGAAGAUACUUGCAAGUGAAUACCCUGACGUGCCAGAUCUGGCGGAUGUAAAGUUGGAAAAUGCCACUAACUCAGUGAAGACAAGUGAGGAACUACAGAGUAUGGAAAUAUCAGGGAGUGAACUGGAUGUUACAAUGCCUUGUGUCAGUGUAGAAAUGCAGGAAAAAAACACGGGUGACAAUGUGCAGCAGUCUUUAGAAAUAAAAGAGGAUGCCGGCACAAGUGAACCUGUAAAGGACAGCAUCAGGUCCGAGGAUAGAUCUGGGAUAGAGGCCGAAGACUACUUUAGUUUUCCUCUCGUUCCCGUGGAUACAAUACUGCAGCCCACUUUCCAGAACUCAUGCUCGUUGGUAGCUGCUCAAGCCGAGGAUGAACCAAAGGCUUCACCUCCUCAUGGGCAAGAUGACCCUGCAGAACAUCCAUGUAUAACCUUGGCAGCACAACAGCAGGCUCAUGAAAUCGUUCCUGAGGCGCUGGACUUGGAGAAGCAGGUAGAACACGAUGCUUCGCCUGCCUCUGAGAGGGUGGACAGUGAGUCCAGUGUUGGUGCCUUCAGUGAUGAGUGGGAGAAAUUGGAUAUCCCGAGCAGCCCUGAGCAAACUGACAUCUCAGACGUGCAACCUACUCCAGUGAUCUUGACCUUGAAGGUGACAGAGCCAUACCUAAGGGACUGUUACAGUGAAGACAUAUCACUACCUCAGAGUGAUGAAGAGGUAAAGCCAGCCGUCCGGAGGAUAGAUGCUGCUACACAGACUGUCCAGCAGGAAAGUUUGGACCUCACAACUGAUAUUAAAGCAAUGGAGCUCACUGCUACACCUGUUGUUGAUAACUCCCAAAUUAUUGUUGUCCCCCCAACCUGUCCAGAGGGGCCGGUACUUGUAGAUCAAGUGCCCCCAAAAUCAAAGGAGGCAAUGGGUCAACAAGUUGCUGCAGGUUCGCGGCCUGAAAGCACAUCCACUGGCUUGGCAGUUCCCGUUGUUGAAGAGGUUUCUGAUGAUGCAAGUUGUGGGUUUGAGGAGGAAGAGGUUGCUGAGAUUGAAGGUAAAUUGUUGAAAGACGAUCAAGUGAAGCACGCAGAACCUAAGGAGGAGGGGCAAAGAGAAGUAUCGCCAGAUGGUUUUGGCUCUAACUUCGUGGAAAAAUUCCUAUCUUAUUUGAAAAUACCUGGUUUUCUAUUGGGUGAAAUAUCUGCCACCAGCACUGGGAAACCAGAGGCAAGUACUGAUAUUCCACCUGUCCCUGCCUUGCACUUGUGCAGCGAAGACACAAUUAAAGAGUGUACAGAUGUUUCUGAAUCCCCAGCUACUGGUGUGGAGUUGCUGUUGGAGACAGAGGCUGCCUGUGUUUCAGCAAGUGUGCUUCCGGCCAGCACUGAAGACCUCCAGCUUACUGGUGGAGACAGUGCAUUGGAUGCAUCAUCAGGAGAGACAGUCGUUGAUCCUGUUGAACUCAACAUUAGGUCAUUAUUGACUACCGCAGAAGAACCUAACAUGGACUCUGUGAUCAUUGUGACACCGGCGUCAGAGUUAAGUGUCGAUGCCCCUGUCUCUGCUGUUGUACACCCACAUGCCCGUGAAGACGAUAGCACUGUCACUGUGGUCGACGCUGGUGAUUCAAAGUUAACUCUUCAACCAGCUGUCCCAGAGAUACCAUCCGGAAAGUCUACCAAGCCAAGUAAAGCUGAGGCAUUAAAGUAUCCAAGCUUGGGGGUGGUAUCUUCAUCUUCCCUUCCAGUCACCUUGGAAGUUAAGAGUCCUGCAAGUCCAGAGGAAGAGCAUGGUACUUUGGAAAAAAGUAAAACUGAUGUUACUGCGCACGAGUGUGUUGUAGACACUGCAGAAGAAAGCAGCAGGGUAGAGAAAAUUGUAGGAGAUGGAAAUAAGCUGUUGGAAGUGUCAUCUGCCCCCAGCAAUGGAACGGUUCCCACUCUGGAAACUGUAGCACCAAGUUCUGAAGAUGUAACCCCUGGCAGUGCUCUACAGACAGCAAAGAUAACGCCAGUUGUGCCGGUGGCAGAACCAAGCCAAGUGCCGUCCAUUGUGGUGGACAGUGUAACAGCGAAGAGCAGAGUGCAGGAGAGAAUAGAGGAUAACAAGGCAGUGAAGAAAGACACACCCACAGCACAAAUCGUGCAAGGCUCGGGCGCCAAGGCGAAGCUCAGCGAUGCGCUGCCUGUCAUCCCGUCUGCCACUCCAGAGGAGCUCGCCUCAGGAGCCCGCCGCAAGAUCUUCCUGCCCAGGUCCAAACAAGUGGACGAACUGGAAGGACUCGCUUCAGAAGUGCUGGGCUUGCCAACGCACCCAAAGAAAGAAGAAGCAGCAGGGCGGAAGGUCCAUGCUGAGGGGAGCAUCAGCCACUCGGAGGAGGAGGAACAGAGUCGAUUCCCAUUAACUCCCAAAAGGAGUGUGGUGCUAUUGCAGGCUCCAGCAGUGCCGCAAACCACGCCGCUGGAGAGGUAUUCCCCAACGACAACACGGAAGAUGUCAACACUGGAAGUACCAAAGCUUUACGAAGACCCUGGAGAGAAAGCAGAGACAGCCAUGGACUCUGCUAAAAGUGGAGGGAAAACAGAGGAUACCAAAUCAACAAAGAACUUCUUGAAAGCUCCACAGGUGAUUCGAAAGAUCAGAGCUGAGCAAUUUUCAGAUGCUUCUGGGAACCUGAAGCUUUGGUGCCAGUUCUUUAAUGUGCUGAGUGACUCCACCAUCAGAUGGGACAAAGAUGGACUUCACUUGAACAAGCUAAAGCGAAGCGCUGGUGAUGAGAGUCAGGUGUCAUUGGCAAUUGCUGAGGCUUCAGUGAAGGACUGUGGUGUUUACAGGUGUGUCAUGGAAAACGAAUAUGGUUCGGAUGCUACCGAUUUCCUCUUGAGCAAUGAAACGUUGAGUGGAUUUAUUUCAAGAGAAGAGAUUGAAGUGGGUGAGGAAAUUGAGAUGACCCCCAUGCCAAUCACCAAAGGUUUAACUGACACAGGUUUCUGGGGCAACAAACUUUUUGGCAGAAUUAUGACAAAGGACCUUUACGUUGGUAACGGAUUUCGGCGUAAAGCGAGCCGGGUGAAGGUUAUCUAUGGAUUAGAGCCGAUAUUCGAAUCUGGUGCUACUUGUAUUGUCAAAGUGCGAAACUACAUUUCUUAUGGGACCAAGCAUGAGAGUGGCCUUAUUGAAAGCAACCACAAUCUCACUAUGCAAGAAUGUAAACUUCAAAAUACAGCAAGAGAAUACAGUAAAAUAUUUGCAGCUGAAACUCGGGCAGUCGAUGGCUUUGGUUCAGUGCCAGAGGUAAUUCCAUUGCACUUGCUCUAUCGGCCUGCCAACAACAUACCUUAUGCAACCAUUGAGAGGGACUUGGCUGGGCAAUUCAUGAAGUAUUCUAUGGAAGACAAGAGUAAGAAUGUGGUAGAUGAGUCUGCCUCUGAAAUUGAACAGAAGUGCCUCACCUUUCAACACUGGGUUUACCAAUGGACAAACAGCAACUUGCUAGUGACUGACUUGCAAGGAGUGGGACUGAAGAUUACAGGUGUGCAGAUUGCAACUAAUUCCAAAGGGUAUCAGGGACUGACAGGAAAUUGCUCUUCCUCAGUUAUUGAUGAAUUUCCUGACACCCAUCAUUGUAACCACUUUUGCGAGGUGCUGGGGUUGAAGUCAUUGAAGAGCGUCGAUAGCCUCCAGCCACAUAAACCCAAGGGAUCCAAAAGUCCAUCGAUGACAAGGAGGGCUCAGUCAGCGCAGUCCAGCCCUCAGACACAGAGAAAGGGUCAGUUAAGCCCACAGACCCAGGGAAAGGGUCAGUUAAGCCCACAGACCCAGAGAAAGGGUCAGACCAGCCCACUGGUCCAACGGAAAGGGCAGACCAGUCCACUGGUUCCGCGGAAAGGCCUGACGAGCCCACAAGCUUCUCGAAAAAAUGCAACGAGCCCCAGCAUUGUUCGCAAAGCAGACAAUGCAGAUAACUCUCAGGAGACAGUGAAGCACAAAACUGUGGAGAUCCCUAAGUCUGUCAGACUUCGGUAGACGUGUUGGAGCAGCCUUCAGAUGGUGAAAGGGCAUAUCAAGCACUUUUAUUUUUGGCAAACCGUUGCUUAACCUGGAAAGAUUUGAGUCAAAUGAGGGAUACAAGAAACCAAUGAAAGUUAAGUGUCAUCAACAAUAAUGUCCCUGGGUACUUAACAUCCAUAAGAGGUCCCAUAAGUUCAAACUUACAAGUAUGAUCAUUGGUGGGUGACAUUGAAUACAAUUAGUUCCAUUUGGGAGGUUCUGAAAUCAUAAAUCAGGAGAACAAAGUUUACAUGUUUUAUGAGCAACAGUAUAAUCUUGAGAUUGAAAUAUCCACCUGCAUUAACUGUUCUUUAUAAUUUAUAGUGUAAGUUCUAUUAUUUUUUAUUAAUUGGCUUCUAAGUUUAUGGCAGGGAUAAAACCUCUGCUGCAGGCAUGCUGAGGUGGGAAGAUACAGAAGAAAGGGCGUUAAUAAUGACUGCGACUAAGAUCCUAAAAGUACUCCAUACUGAUGAGUACUUUAGUAUUCCGAGUGUUUAUUUUGGUAACAGAUUACGGGUAAGUGAAGUAUUUGAUAUACAUUAUGACUAGUUGGAUGGGGGAUUACCUGGGACCAUUAUUGGGAGAUUGACACAUUUUGUAUUGUUUUAAGGACAACAUUUCUAAAUGCCGUUACUGACCUGGUUUGUGUUUUGAGUUUUUGCAAUGACUGGAGGACUUGAUUGUGCUGGCGACUGUCUCUCAGCCGGCGGUGAAGUGCAGUUGGCCUGCAUUGUUGACAGUCAUCCACAGGUCUGUCUUUGCCCUCACGUUAGGGUCACUUGAAAGCUGGAACUCCGUUGCAGAAUGACGUCACAUGCACGGAUCGCCUUGCCUCUUCUCCGAGUGCUUCUCUUUUUAGAUCACAUAGUGUCGGCAUACUCUGUACUCGCCCUGCAAUGUAAACGCACCGUUCUUAAAUUCUUGUGACUUUCACUAUCUGCUUACAUUUGAUUGGGAGAAUGACAAAUAAAUAAUGGAUCCCUCCUAAUAUUCCUCUCCUGUUAAAGUGGGAUGGAAAAUUUGGUGGAAUUCUUAACCAGGAUGUAAUCCUGAUUUCUUUUCUGCACUAUAGUCAGCGGAUCAAUGCGAGGGAAGGACAAUAAUGGAGAAGAUUACUCCAUCGCGUUCUUCUCCCUGAGACUAACUGAGCUUUCUUGAAUACUUAUUUAGUUUGUAACUGCUAAUGAACUGAUUACCCUGGAUAGUUUGAAUCCAGGUGCUUAUGGUACAACUGGUGGCCCAGUCAUAAGAUGCCUUUAUACCGAAAUGCAACAGGCCCCAAAAUGGACGCCAAUGAGAAAACCAUUUAGCGCUCACUGAUUUAGAGAACCAGAGACAGAUUCCUACAUUCCACAGUCACUAGUGCUGUUGAUCGCUGAAGCACAAGCUUUGUGGAAGUAAAGACACUCAGAGGGUAUGUUGUGUAACCGACAUGGUUCCUACAUUGGUGAGAGCCCAAUGUUACCCCUCACCUCAAUUCAGUAAGACAAUAGUGCCAGACCCAUGGAUAAAGUUGGGGAAAUGCCACAGAUAUUGUUGCUAUGUGUCUUUACAGCCUCUCUUGUUUCAGAGAGCAGGUGAAAUUCCAGUUGUAACCUCCUGGAAUUCCUGGUGUAGCAUAUGGAGAUAUCACAGUGCCAGGACACAGCUAUGGAUGUCCCUCUUACGUCAAAUUUUAGGAAUGUUCAACAAAGUUGUAUUCUAGCAUCUCCCAACUUCAUUGACCUUGGAAUGGUGUCUUCCAGCAUCAAGGGGAAGAAAAAAUGGGUAGCAAAUCCAUCACCACUGUCAGAUCUUGACUUGGAGUGCAAGUGUUCAGCCAGAAUGGAUCCUCUAAACCAAAAAUGCAAACACCGUCGCUCAUAUUGGGCCAUCUUCUGAGGUGCUCCCUCUGGUUCCAGGUUAGCUUACUCCCACUUGGGUUUUGAGGUGGUUGAUGAAGCCAAUUUAGGAACUGCAGACUUCUACAGAUGGCACAGCAAGGAGGUAGUCAACGGAACAGGAAGAUGGGUAGUUUGUGAGGUGGUGUACUCCUUCUGUUCCUUGUUUAGGUCCUCUGUGUGCACUCAGUGCAGAACCUUGAGGUUCUUAGCACCACCCUGAGUGCUUCGAGCAGCCAUGGAUCAGAGAUUCCCAGGAGCUGUUGGGUUUCUUCAGGGGAGUAUUGAGAACAUCCUUGAAACUUUUCCUCUGCUAAUCUCUUCCCAUCCCAGAGUUUAGAAAAAUGUGUUUGUUCUGAAAGUCUAGUGUUGUGCAUCGGAACACUGUGAUCACCUCCCCAUGGCUGCGCCACCCUGCUCUCAAGCAGUAAAGACCUCUAAGAACAUAGACCACUUCCCAUAUCUCACCAUGAAGGUAGAAAUUCAGGAUCAGCUUCAAUCCUUCUGCACAGAUUGAGGAACCGGGCAUUUGAACAUCAAGACUUUAGAUCUGGCACAGAACUUAGCGUCUACUGGACAGUAGUAAUCUCUGCCCUCUUCCAUGCUUCCAAGGACUGGACUGUCUGAAGCAUACAUCUCAAGACUCUAGGAGAAUACCACCAAUCUCAAAUGCUCCAAGUUCAUUGGGAGUGUAAGUGAAGUAAUGUCAUUGCCCUCCUCAGACCAACACUCACAGCUUUUGAGGUCUAAGUUACUCUCAAAGCUGAGAUCUGGUAGAACCGUAGGAGGGUUGGAAGACUGACUGUGGAAGUUCUUAGGUUACCUAAACUGCGCAUACAGAAAUUUAAUAUGAACACAUUAAAAGUGUUAAUUGGAAUUGCAACCCCAUGGUGUUGUGGCAAUUUGCCCUGACGUUCUCCGGGAGCAGUAUAUUUAACCAGCGUGUCUGAUCAUAGACAGUGUACAAGCCCACGGCUUGAAGUUGAUCUUAGGGAAGAGGAGCCCUUCCCAGAUGCACACAGGUAUUUGGGUUUUUGACUCAGUUAUAGGAAUCCCCCAAAGUAGACAGCUGCCAUGGGCUGUUGGGUUUUUACGAAGUGAUGUUGAAAUGCCUGACUUGAUGGUUUUAUGGAAUUGCAGCUGGAUUUCAGAAGUAGGUGAACCUGGGAGAAUAGAUGAUCAUGCAUUGGAUCUUGGUGCUGCUGUCUCCUAAGACGUGGCACAUCCGUCAGCACUGAAGACUCUAAUCCAUGGGCAGUGCUGAUGAGCUAUACAGAAGGAAAUAAUCACAGACACAGUAUGACCUUUAAAGUUACGGAAUGAUCAUGGCACAGACCACAAGGGGCUAGUAGACUUGGGGUGUAGGGGAGGGGGGAUGUAGCAUGUGGGGUGGUGUGAUUUGCAUAUUUUACUGCCUCUGAUUUAUAUAGCAACACCGACCAGAAUUGCCCCAAUGGUGAUUGACUGAGAUUUGUUUUCAUGCAGCCAAAAAAUGUUUGGUACAGUCACUAGUGACUCUUUCACUUCAGCUUUCAGACUAGUGAUGAUUGAUACAGCUGGGGUAGUGAAUUGUGGUUCGAAUUGCGCCAGCUCUGUAUUGUUUGAUCCGUGCCAAAGUAGAAUGGAAUAGUAGGAAAUAGAACAAUGGAAUUUUUCUUGAAAUCUGGUAUGCUGUUUACAUUUAAAAAAUCAUGUCAGCUUGGUAAUGUUUUUCUUUCCUCCUCUCACCCUUUGAUUGCACUGACAAGCAUACCAAGAACAUUACCAUGUAAUAAGGAACACAUUCUGGAUAUUAUUGGUUCUGUUGGAUUACCUUUUCUUUGGUGUGCCAUUGCAAAGUUUGGAACUUCCCCCCACACACUGAACAUUGCAUGAAGUGGCUUCUAACCUGGAAUUAAAUAUUUGCAGUACACCAGUUGUGAAUGUAUUCCAUCACAGCUUCUUGUGGUACAAUCAGAGAUUACAUCUGUCAAUUUUAGUCACAGCUUUAACUAUUCAUAUUUAAACUUUUGUGUUGAUCUUAAGGUGUAAGUGCAGGGAUUUGAGGAUGAUCAAAUCAAGUUUAAUUAUCAUUCACACUAUAUGUAGAUACAGCUGAACGAGACAGUUCCUCUGGGGUCAAGGUGCAAAACGUUCAAAAUAGCAAGCAAACAUUCAAAAAUAGCAAGUAACAUAAUUUAAAAUAUUGAGCAGAGAAGGAUAUUUGGCUGAAAAGAAAUGUAUAGUCCAAGACCCUGAACAAUAAUGUACAUCAAUUGAUGGUACAGUCUCCUGGCAGUGUACAGAUGCAUGCAAUCCAGCCUGUCAUUCCACUGCUAGAACACAGAGAGCAGCACUGAUGGGAGAGGCCAGGCCUCAGUCGAGCUCAACCAUGUUGUAGUGCUACCAUGUCUUCCACCUGGUCUGCAGCAGCAGGCAAGCCUGAGGCUUCGAGGCCUAGUCCUUACUACAGCUGAGUCUACACAGCUCCCAUGUUGACUGUCCCUGCACCAGACAAGGGUAACAGGCCUGCAGCAACUUACAUUAUCAGUGUCCAACAGAGUCUUGCGAUCACAAGUGAAAUGUCCAAGACAUGGUUAUACUGCACCAACUCUGAUGCUUCCAAUUAGCAGGCAGCAACACGGUUUGCAGCCAGGUCAGCUCCUUCAAACCCAAACUUGCUGCUCCGACACACCAGUCCUUUGAACCUUUGGCCGACCCCUUUGACCCUUCAGCCAACCCCUUCUACACUUCGGUCGGCUCCGCUGCUGACACCAGUCUAUUUACUCUGAUCAAGGAGCGGCUCACUGACGGAGUAGCCCCGCGGUACCCAAUGUUCUUAGAGUAGAAUUGUCUUUGGAUCGUAGAAAACAGAUUUUACAAAGGACAAGUACCUCUGGUUGGACCCCGAGAGGUUGCUGUGUUCGCAGGUGUCACUAUCUUACUGGAAAAGAUGUAGGGAAUCAUUGGAAAAAUAAAUAUUUGCACAGUUUGCAGCAAUAGCUGCAGGUAAUUUACCUGACCCCACUGAGUCUGUUCCAUUUCUGCUGCCCAGUUAGAUUACCGUAUGACCGUGCCUUAUCUCAUUCAACUGCAUUCAGCCCAUAUUUCUUGAUAAUCUGCUAACAAGAUAUUGUUGAUCAUAGAUUUUGGCUGUUUCAAAGGUCCUAUCUCCUUUUGAUGAAGAAAUACUCCUGAUUUCACUGACAAAUAGAUCAUAAUUAGUCUUGUUUCUGUUUAUCAAGAUGUUAUCCAACAGAGGAAUUGCUUCCUAAUAGCCAAUGCAGGCCUGACAUUAAUGACUGGUGAAGGCUAGCUCUGCUUUAAUUUCAUGAGAUACUUUAAUUCGCUUGAAAAGAAUGAUACAUUUUCAUUUCAUGUCAUCAGAGUGCCCUCUGCUGCUUUGCUAGAGAAUUGACAGUUCAGAAUGAUGUCGCCAGUUAAUCCCGAUGCAUGUUGUUCCUUGUUGUUGAAUCAAGACCAUUUCAGUCGGACUUUAGAAUCAGUAGAAUUAGGACACCACGUACUUCAGCUAUUAUAUAUGAAGCAAGUGUUUAAGGUGACAGUGUAGGCUGUGAUUGUGUGCAGGCAUUCUGCUCCCUUCAGAUCUGGUGCUUCAUCUGAAAUGAGACUGAGCCUCUCACGUUAUGGUGAACAACUGACAAACCUCCUGGAGAUUUGAACCCCAGCCAUAUUAUACCAACACACAGACACGCACACAGACACACACACACACACAGCCUCACUCCAAGCACAAAUUUUAUUUCCUACUAAACAUCUUUCUGAAGGAUUGAAUGUACCAACUUUUCUUACUUUGAACAUAUUAGUCUAAUUCAGGUGUUAGUCUUUAUAACGCAGAUUAAGAAAUGCAAAAUGCAAGAGGAAAACUUGCUUUUUCAGUUCUAAUUACCUUCUGCGUUGGUACUUUUAUUAAAAGGUUAUAUUUAAAUGAGCACAGAACUUCAAUUCCAAAUUCCCUUUUAGGCUUGUUUAUUGACAGAAUGCUGGCAGAGAAUGCUAUUUGUCGUAGUCACAUUUCCUGUCAGUGGGUAUUCACUCAAAGAUACACAGAAGUAAAAGAGAUGUGGCUGUCCCUGCCACAUCUCCGCUUGUAAUUUGAUUAUACCUUUCAAAGAUUGUAGAGCACAAGAAUAUAAUCGUUAGUGUCAAAAUAGGAGAUAUUAGGACAAAUGAGCAAAUGGUUGGUUCAAGGGGCAGGUUUUAGGCUGGGAAGUAGAGAAUAUGCGAUUCAUUUAAUACAGUAAUUUGCUUUAUUCAGUUGUUUUACCUUUAAAGAUAUCUUGGGUAAAUUUCAAAAGGUCAUACUUUACAUUUAUUUGACCUUUACUAUACGAAUAAGUUCCAGAUAAUAUUAUAAGAACAUAAAAAAUAGGAGCAGGAGUUGGCCAUCUGGCCCGUCGAGCCUGCUCCACCAUUCAAUAAGAUGAAGGCUGAUCUGGCCAUGGACUUAUCUCCACCUACCUGCCUUUUCUCCAUAACCCUUAAUUCCCCUACUAUGCAAAAAUCUAUCCAAUCUUGUCCUAAAUAUAUUUACUGAGGUAGCCUCCACUGCUUCAUUGGGCAGAGAAUUCCACAGAUUCACCACUCUCUGGGAAAAGCAGUUCUUCCUCAUCUCCGUCCUAAAUGUACUCCCCUUAAUCUUGAAGCUAUGUCUCCUAGUUCUAGUCUCACCUACCAGAGGAAACAACUUUCCUGCCUUUCGUUACUCUUUAAAGUAAUUUCCUUUGGUUCUCUGCACUUCUAUAUUAUUGGCUAACCUUACUGUCAAUCAUAUGAAGUCAUCUGUGAGUUCAGAUGUAGACGGGUUGUCCUAAUGUGCUCAAUCCUUAAAAUAAUAAUGGGUACUGAAAAUAUUGUAAAGCCUUUAAUUUUAAUACCCUGCCUCAGAUAAACUUUUUAGUAGUACCAAAAUGGAGGUAUGUGGUGAAUUUGUUAGUUCUGAAAUGAAUUUGAAGAGUUGUUAGAAGCUGGCUGCCUUUUUUUAAAUCUGGGCAGAAUAAAACCUCUGAACUCUCAGCUUCUGGAUGAAAACAUUUGCUAACAGAUCCUUGUAAGAGUAAAUCCAGUUUGAUAAUAUGUAAUAUUAUUUAACAAACUUUAUUACCUCAACUUAAGGAGAGCCCAUCACUCUGGCUGAAGGAAUAAUCAGAAAGGAUUUAGAAGAGGUUACUUUAUCCUCAAUAAUGCUGUCUACUGGCUACUGAUGGAUAGUCCUCCUUGCUCUUGAUUGGAAAAUUCUGGAACUAUGUAAUUGUGAUUGUGUUUAUAGAUAGGUGCUGUCAAGUACAAUUAUGACUGAGGAAUUUGCAUGAAUUAUAAUUAGUGGCAUUUGUGGUGUGAUGCUUAUUCCAUCCCUGUUAUGUCCCAUAGGAAGAGAACCUGGAGCUGAGGGAAGAGAUUGGGGGAUCAGAAGGAAGAGCUAUAACCAAUUGAAGUAGUCAGAUGGAGAGUCAGUCAAAGCUGAGGGCUGGAUUGCUUUUCAGGGGUCAGGAUUGGAAGUUGAGAGGAGGCUUGCUGGACAGGUUUGCAGUCAGUGGUAACAGUAGGUCUCUGGUUGUAGGUGAGGAAUUAAUCCUAAGAGGGGGUAAAAAGUAGUCAGAGGCUGUAGUUAGUGGUUGUUGUAAUAUUGAUGUGACUCAGACACCGCUGUAGAUUGAACAACAGACUCCCAUUUUUACCUCUCUACGUUCUGACGUCAUACACACUCUUGACACUACGAAUACUCACACAAUACAUUACAUCCCCCUUCUCAAGAUUUUUUUUUACAACACUGUGAAUUACCAAAACAAUGCCUCUAGGUAUGGCCUUCUUACAGUGUAACAACCAUGACAUAAACUAAAAGAAAACAUCUUAGCUUCUUAUACUGUAUUCUGCAUUGUAUCUUACAAUACUAACUGCAGUGUAUUUUCUUUUACUAACAUAGACUAAUAAACCUUUUAUUUCACACCUUGGAACUUAUGACAUGUGUGACUUUGCCUCAAACUGUAUGUCUAGUCUCGGUAUCUAGCUGGAAGUUUGACUUGUCUCCCAGACCGUGUGUGAUACAACUGUGACUGUGCUUGACCUUCAUCCGUGUCAGUCUCUCGAGUGGCCUCUGUGUCUUUGCGGUCUGCAUCACUGUUGGUGUCGUUUGUUUCCAUGUCCGUAUCUGUGGAAAUGUCCUGUGCAUCUGUCCGUGGAAACUCCCUCUCGCCUGUCUUCAGCAGAUGCUUCCUGUUCCUCCUGUAGACUCUUCCAUCCGGCAUGCGAAUUAUGAAGGAUCUUGGUUGCUGAUGUCUGUUCACAACCACAGCUGGUUGCCAAGUGUCCCCUCUCUGUAUUCUGACAUUUUCACCUGUAUGCAGAUCUGGCAACUGUCUUGUAUGUCUGUCAUAGUAGCUCUUUUGCUUUAUUUGCUUGUACUUUUGCUUGUCAUGUACCUGAGCAUUACCUUCAGGAGUCAGUAGAGUUGUGGAUGUUGGCAGUUUGGACUUCAGACGACGUCCCAUCAACAGCUGCGCAGGAGAGAACCCCACACCCUCAAUCGGUGUGUUGCGGUAUUCAAGCAGAGCAAUGUAAGGGUCACCGUUGCUGCUUUGUGCCUUCUUGAGCAUGUUCUUGACAGUUUGUACAGUUCUCUCUGCUUGUCCAUUAGACUGAGCGUGCCCUGGACUAACAUGUUGAAAUUCCCAGCUUUCCGAGAGCCCUCUGAACUCACCACUGGCAUAUUGUGGACCAUUGUCACCAACGACAAUAUCUGGAAUACCCUGUCUUGUGAAUGUUAACUUCAUUGCGGUAAUGACACCGACUGGACGUGUCACUUAACUUGGUGAUCUCCGGAUAUUUUGAAUAGUAGUCCACACAAAGCAGAUAUUCUGCUCCAUUGUAGUGAAAGAUAUCUAUGCUAAUCUUCCAUGGUCUUCCAGGUAGAGGGUGGGGAAGCAGAAGUUCUCUUGGAUUGCUGUUUUUGUUUUCAUUAUAGACAGCACACUGAGACACAAUGUCUUCUAUCUGAGUUGACAUGCCUGGCCAAUAGAGAAUGUCCCUUGCUUUUUCUUUACAUUUCACUAUCCCCAGGUGUGACUUAUGAAUUCUGUUGAGCAUUUCCUGUCUCACUUGGUUUGUUACGAUGAGUUUUGCUGUUUUGAACAUUAGUUCUGAUGCAUAGCUGAUUUCCUCUUUAAAUAUCCAGUAUUUCUGCAUUUCCUUUGGAACAUCUUUUCUUUCUGUUAGCCAUCCAUUCAUUGUAAUGUCUCUUAGCAUUUGCAUUUCAGGAUCAUCUGCAGUCGCUUUCCUGAACAUGUUCAACUUCUCCUCAGAGAUGGGUAGCUGGGGUGUAACCCAGGUGACCUCCAGCUCUCUUCCUAGCAACUCUUCCUUUUGCUCUUUGAGGUAAGCACGGCUCAAAGCAUCAGCGAUGUGCAGUUCUUUUCCUGGCUUGUGGGUGACUGUGAGAGUGUACCUCUGUAGCCUGAGAAGCAUCCUUUGCAGCCUCAUAGGAGCUUGGUGGAGUGGCUUUUUGAAGAUGCUCUCAAGUGGUUUGUGAUCACUCUCAACCUGGAUUUCUUUGCCAUAUACAUACUGGUGGAACUUCUCACACCUAUAAACUAUGGCGAGUAAUUCCUUCUCGAUUUGAGCAUAUCGGCAUUGGCAGUCCGUAAGUGCUCGUGAUCCAUACGCCACAGGCCUCCCAUCCUACAGUAUAACAGCUCCUAUUCCCUCCGAACUGGCAUCCACAGACAUAGUCACCGGUUUAUUGACAUCAUAGAACUUGAGUGCUGGUGCAUUGGUAACCAACUGCUUCAAUGUGCCAAAACUUUUCUUUGGUUCGUUUUCCCAAUGCCAUUCAGUGUUGCUCUCUCGUAGCUUUCGGAGUGGAGCGCUGACCUCUGAUAAGUUGGGAAUGAAUUUGGCAAGAUACUGUAUCAUGCCCAUGAACCUCAAUAGUUCUUGCUUGUCUUCGGGUGGUGGUAGCUGUACCACAGCUCUGACCUUUUCAUCAUCUGAUUUUAGCCCAUCAGCGCUGAGUACAUGACCUAUGUAUUUGAUCACUGUAGUUCUGAUCUUACAUUUACUUUUGUUCAGUUUUAGGUUGUACUCACGUGCUCUCUCCAGGAGCUCCUUCAGUCUCUGAUCAUGUUCCUCAAUUGUGUCACCCCAUAUCAGCAAAUCAUCAAUGAUGCUGACCACCCCGUCCAGGUCUUCAAUCAUUUGUGCCACGGAUCUCUGGAAUACCUCUGAUGCGGAAGAAAUCCCAAAGGGUAGACACAGGAAACGAUAUCUCCCUAUGGGCGUGUUGAAAGUGCAUAAUUUGGGACUUUACUCAUCCAGCUUGAUCUGCCAGAAACCUUGAUUUGCGUCUAAUACUGAAAAGUAUUUUGCCUCAGGCAUGCAGGAGACAACCUCUUCAACCGUGAGCAGCGGAUAGUGCUCUCUUUCGAUGGCUUGGUUGAGAUCUUGUGGAUCCGUGCAAAUCCUCGUUUUUUUUCUGUGACCACUGUCACCAUACUAUUCACCCAGUCGGUCGGUUCUAUUUGUCUUGUUAUGACUCCUACCUGUUCCAUUCUGUGUAGCUCCGCCACUACUUGAUCCCUGAGAGCUACUGGAAUCUUUCUCGGGGCAUGUACAACUGGUGCAACAGUUGGAUCAAUCUGGACAUGGUGUUUCCCUGGUAAACAUCCUAAUCCAGAAAACAAGUCAUCAAAGUCUUUGAGAAUGUCGUUUUCUUUUUCAACACCAUAGAUUCGCUUCACCAGGCCUAGCUUUGUGCAUGUUGUUUUGCCCAGUAUUGCUGGAACAUGGUGCUGUACUAUUUCAAACUCGAUCUUGUAUUUUUGACCUUUGUACACACAGGUGAGUGCUUUUUUUGCCCAAUGGCGCCGUUUUGUGGCCGAAAUAAGCAACAGGCUUGCAGGUGGAUUUUUCCAGUCUUCCUCUGAUGUCCAGUGAGUUGAAUGUUUCUGCCGACAUUACAUUGCACUUUGCCCCAGUGUCAAGCUUAAAUGUCACAUUCCUCCUGUUUAUUAUCAGAUCAUGUCCAAUCAUCUUCAUCCUCUAUCUCUGCAUUGUCAAUAUUCUUGAUGCAUACCUCCUGUUCCACCUCAGCUGUGCCAAUGAACAUGUCACUGUUGCCCUCACUCUGUUCCACAGCAUGCAUUUUCCUUGCGUGCUCCUUCGAUUUGCACAUCUUUGCAAAGUGAUUUCUUUUCUGGCAUAACUUGCAUGUCUGACCAAAGGCUGGACAUUUUCUGUAUCCAUGUUUAUAACCACAUCUGUUGCAAUUAACUUCCUAUUGAUCAUCCUGUGGAGCUGGCUUUGUCCUACUCUUGUCAGUUUUCACAGUUUUUAUUUUGUGCACUUCAAUCUCUUCAUUGAGCACUUUAACCUGACUUGACGUGAUCUCGCUGGCACGGCAAACAUCAGUUGCCUUUUCUAAUGUAAGAUCCGCCUCCUUCAAUAGUCUGCCUCUCACUUGAUCAUCUCGUAUGCCGCAUACAAUCCUGUCACAUAUUACAGAGUCAUGCAGUUGUCCGAACUCACAGUCUUUUGCCUUAUUCUUCAAAUCUGUUACAUAGGCAUCUAUGGUCUCUAUUGGUCCUUGAGCCCUCGUGAAAACAUAUGUUGGAUGUACGGUAGGUUUUUUCUCGGUUCGCAGUAAUCUUGAAACUUUUUUUUCAACACCUCAAUUUUAUCUUGCUCAUCAUCUUGGAAGACAAACGCGUUGCAAACCUUUAUUGCCUCUUCCCCCGCCACAUGCAGAAACGUAGCACAUUGCACUUUCUCCGUCUUUUCAGCUACACCGCUAGCGGUGCAAAACAGCUCAAACUUCUGGAUCCAUGUUUUCCAGUUCUCAGCAAGAUUACAGAUUACCUUGUAGGCUUAAAAUUGACAGUGGCAGUAACUGUGACAUCUUUUACGUGUCUUCUCUUCCUUUUUUUUCCUUCGCGAUUUCUUCUGACACCAUGUAAUAUUGAUGUGACUCGGACACUGUUGUAGAUUGAACAACCACGUUUAUUCAACAGACCUCCAUUUUUAUCUCUCUACGUCCUGACGUCAUAUGCACUCUGAUGCUACGAAUACUCACACAAUACAUUACAGUUGUGAAGGAACAUAUUGGGUUAGGAGAUCUCCGAGUUGGUGGAAGCAGGAGGAUCUGAAAAUUACGAGGAUGGGUUGGGGUGUUGAUUGCUGUUGGGUGGGGUGUUGUGAUAAGGUGUAAGAUCUUAAGAUCAUAAGAUGUAGGAGCAGAAUUAGGCCAUACAGCCCAUUGAUUCUGCUCCACAAUUCCAUCAUGGCUGAUAUAUUAUUCCCCUCAAACCCAUUCUCCUGCCUUCUCUCCAUAACCUUUGACACCCUGGCUAAUCAAGAACCUAUUCACUUCCACUUUAAAUAUACCCAAUGACUUGGCCUCCACAGUGGCUUGUCGCAAUGAAUUCCACAGAUUCACCACCCUCUGGCUUUGAAAUUCCUCCAUAUAUCUGUUCUAAAGGGACAUCCUUCUAUUCUGAGGCUGUGCUGGCUGGGUUGAGACUCACUCACUAUAGGAAACAUCCUCCCUACAUCCACUCUAUCUAGACCUUCCAAUAUUCAAUAGGUUUCAAUGAGAUCCUCCCUCCUUCUAAACUCAGCGAGUACAGGCCCAGAAUCAUCAAACUCUCCUCAUACAUUCUUUUCUGGAAUUAUUCUUGUCAACCUCCUCUGGACCCUCUCUAAUGCCAGCAUGUUUUUUUCCUAAGAUAAGGGGCCCAAAACUCGCAAUUCUGCAAGUGCUGUCUGACCAAUGUAUUACAAAGCCUCAACAUUACAUUUUUGCAUUUAUGUUCUAGUCUUUUCAAUAUAAAUGCUAACAUUGAAUAUUCCUUCCUUACCAUUGACUCAACCUGCAAGUUAACCUUUAGGGAAUUCUGUAUGAGGAAAAUUGGGUCCUUUUGCACCUCUGAUUUUUUAAUUUUCUCCCUCUUGAGAAAAUAGUCUACACCUUUGUUCCCUCUACCAAAGUGCAUGACCCUGUACUUCCCUAAACUAUAUUCAUCUGUCACUUCUUUCCCCACUCUCAUAAUCUGUCUAAGUCCUUCUGCAGAUCCCCUGGUUCCUCAAUACUACUUGCUCCCCCACCUAACUUCAUAUUGUCCACAAAUUUGGCCACAAAGUCAUCAAUUCCAGCAUCCAAAUCAUUGACAUAUAAUGUGGAAAAAAAGUUGUAACACCGCUGUAACAGCACUAGUCACUGGUAGCCAACUAUAAAAGGCCCUUUAUUCCCACUCUUUGCCUCCUGCCAGUCAGCCAAUUUUCUAUCCAUACUAGUAUCCUUCCUGUGAUACCAUGGACUCUUGCUAAGCAGCCUCAUGUGUUGCACCUUGUCAGAGGGCUUCUGAAAAUCCAAAAAACAUGCACUGACUCUCAUUUGUCUAUCCUGCCUGUUAUUUCCUCAAAGGAUUCCAACAGAUUUGUCAGGCAAGAUUUCCCCUGGAGGAAACCAUGCUGUCUUUGUUGUAGAUGUAGUUGACUGAGACCAGAUCCAGCAUUGACAUUGCCAAGAACCUACCUUCUAAUUCAAGGACUCCCGGGAGGGGAGAGAAGAUGGCGGCGCGACGACAGCGUGCACGGCCACUUCGGUAAUGAAUAUCUGUUAUUUGUCAAGUAGGGGAUCGUGCACAAUCCUGAUUUGAUGGAGACGGACGUGAGAGCACAGCGGAACAUCUGGAAAACUUCUGAAAUGACUGCUUUGCUACCGCUGUUACUGUGUGGUAACCGGAAUCUCCGGAGCUGAAGGCCUCAAAAUCCUUGGCUUUGCAUGUUUCAGCAUCCGGGGCGAGGUCCAAGGCGCUCGGCAGAGGAUGGCGCUUGGGAGGCUGCUUGGAAGCUCGGAGUUUUCGGACGGAUGGACUCAGGGUCAGCUGGGGUCGGCUGCUUCCAAGGUAUCGGCAAAUUGACGGUGCCUGGAGGUUUAUGGCAGGGAGUUUCUCCCUUUUGCCGCCUGCUAUCGGGGACUCGGGACUUUGAGAACUUUUUUUACUGUGCCUAUGGUCUGUUCUUUAUCAAAUUAUGGUAUUGCUUUGCACUGCUGUAACUAUAUGUUAUAAUUAUGUGGUUCUGUCAGUGUUAGUCUUUGGUCUGUCCUGUUUUCUGUGAUAUCACUCCGGAGAAACAUUGUUUCAUUUCUUAAUGCAUGUAUGCAUUUCUAAAUGACAAUAAAAGAGGACUGAGUGUUCUCAUAAUCUAAACUUAAUUCACGUAGAAGCAGACAUUGUUGGUGAUGUUGCAUGAGUGGUCCUUGCCUGGCAUGGGUCACGCAUUGAAAAUGAUGGAGCUCUCCUCCAGUCUUGGCUUGGAUAUGAACAGAUAUUCCUCUGUGUGCUGGGUUCUCCAUGAAUCAGCUGCAUGUUUCGAAUGCAUACAGAUUUCAUGAACGUCCUGUUUUUGAACAGUUUUUCAAUGAAAUUGAAUCAUGUCAUGCACCGUGUGGUCCAAAUUCAUGACAUUUCAUUAUUUCAGAGGAUAUGGUCAUUAAAUCAAUGCUGUCUCUCUGCUGAGCAGUGAAGUCAUGCCUGUUCUCUUGUUCUUUCUGUAGAUUUGAAAAUACAUUUUCCUCAUACCAUAAGACUAAAAAGCACAGGAGCAGAAUUAGGCCAUUCAGCCCAUCAUAUCUGCUCUGCCAUUCCAGCAUGGCGGAUUUAUUUUCCUUCUCAACCCCAUUCUCCUGCUGUCUCUCUGUAAUCUUUGAUGCCCUUACUAAUUAAGAACUGGUCAAACUCUGCUUUAAAUAUACCCAAUGACUUGGCCUCCGUGGUGUCUGUGGCAAUAACUUUCACAGAUUCACCACCCUCUGGCUAAAUAAUUUCCUCCUCAUCUGUCUGAAAGGAUGGCUUUCUGUUCUGAGGCUGUGCUUGUCCUAGACUCUUAUUACUGAAAGUAUCUUUUUGAAAUCAUUUACUUCUCUACUCCACCUGUCCUGUUGUCAGACAGUUCCAGGAUUUAUUGAUUGGAAUAGAAAAAAAAUCUUUCUGGCAUUUUAUUGCAUUUCUUGUCUAAAACUAUAAAUCUCGGUCACCCAGUCCCUACACAAUCUGGUACUGUGAGCUGUUUUUUUCCAUGUCUAUUUUACCUGAAGCUUCCAUUAUCUCAUUAACCUUUUAUUCAAUUUUCCCUAUGUGCUCCAGAACUGUUCCAUCAGGCUCUUCCCAUCAAUCCCACCAAAAUACCUCACCUUCUACUCUCCAUCUACCGAUAGUUUGCCAAUUGUAUUCCCCACCACAGCGAAUGAUGCCAUUGGUGUGGCUUCCCAUACCUCUAUUGAGCAUCUCCAGACUGGCAGUGAGUUCCUCAAUUUUGUAAACAUGCCCUGUAGGUGGUAUUUUGCUAACAUGGAAUUUUAAGAGAAUUUCCUUUAUCAAACUUCCUUCCAUUAUCAAUAAACUCAAUUAUGUCAACUAAACAUGAUCUUUUUCACAUUUGUGCUGGCUCUCCUUUACUAAAGGAAACCCCACAAAGCGCCUGUUUACCUUUACCUUGACUGUUGCUUCUAGAACAAGUAUAAAUUAUCAGAGAGUAAUUGAAAUGCCCUUGUAACUUUCCUUGCAGGUAUGUUACUUUCCAAUCUCAAAGCACCUCUGGGAAUACUGGAGUGUUACAGCAACUUGUUCUUCUGUCUUUACCACCUGUUCCCAUAGCAACCUGGUCUUAGGCACGCCUUUCCAUCACGUAUUUUCAAACCACUCAUUCCCUCCAUUAUUUCACUUCCGUUGAUAUUUUAGCAGCAUCUUCCGUCCUAGUAACCACUGAAACAUGUGCUCACACCCUCUAACCUUAUCCUGACCCUCUAGAUGUGGAUUCUAGGGUGACUGCCAACCCUUUUGUCUUGGUUGGGUUUAUUUUCCUAUUCUUCUUGGCCUCGUAUUUGGCCUGAAUUCACUCUGACAUGAGUAGAACAGUUUUUUUUUCAAUUCGUCAUAUUCUUUACAUCCCUUGAAAUCCAAGUAACAUGAGACUAGGUCCCUCUUAAGGGAGUUCUCCUAGUCCGUAACUAAGUAAUGUCGCAAAUAUUUUUCAUUUUUCAUUUACAGCUUUACUUAACACUCUCUGGUUCUGCUGUACCAUGUCUGGAUCUCCUGUUGUUCCACUGAAGUCACCUCUCUUUCACUUUUGGCAUUCAGGUUCGGAUCCUUCCUUGCUCCUCUCCAGUAUUAGUGUACGCCUGGGUUCAUUUUGGCACUUGGCAUUGCCUGUGUGGAUUUUGAACGCUCCCCUUGUGACCACAUGAAUUUUUCCAUUGCACUCCAGUUUCCUCCCUCAUCCCAAAGAAGUGCUGAUUGAUCGAUAGAUGAAACAGCCAUUAUAAAUAACUGCCAGUGUGA